CUAGCGCUACCAGAUCGUAGAGAGGAGCUUGCAGAGCUUUAAUGGCGAGAAGAUGGGAAGCCAUCUGAUUCGUCAGACGUCUUCUUCUCCUUCGAUGCUCUUCAUCAGGCGCUUCUUCCUUUCACCCUUAUCUCUCUCUCGAAAUCAAAUCCGAAGGUCGGAUUUCUCCUCCUCUAUCUCGAUUCCCGCCAGAUAUUCCGAACAGAAUCGUUUCGCAUUCCAUCAGAGCGGCUUCAGAUCAGGUGCUUUCAUGGCUUCCGGCCGCAGAACGGGCGAUGCAAAGAGGUCUCCUUCCGUUCCCUUGCCGCCUGCUAAUGCCGAUAAGGCUGAAUUGUUAAGAGGGCUUGAAGCAACAUUAGGUUUGUCAUUCAGUUCGGAGCCCUUGUCACCUACUCCAAAACCUUUAAUCAUCGUCAUCAGCGGACCAAGUGGGGUCGGCAAAGAUGCUGUUAUCAAGAGAUUGAGAGAAGUGCGGGAGGGAAUUCAUUUUGUUGUCACAGCAACAAGCCGCGCAAAACGACCGAGUGAAGUGGAUGGAAAGGAUUACUUCUUCGUUACGAAAGAGCAGUUUCUUUCGAUGGUUGAUAGGAAUGAACUCUUAGAGUAUGCUCUUGUUUAUGGUGAUUACAAGGGGAUCCCAAAGCAACAGAUCCGUGAUUUCAUGUCUAAGGGUUACGACAUCAUUCUAAGAGUGGACAUACAAGGGGCAGCCACCCUACGAUCCAUACUAGGGGACUCUGCCAUCUUCGUCUUCCUGGUCGCAGAGAGCGAAGCGGCCCUCGUGAAGCGGCUAGUCGACAGGAAGACAGAGACCACAGACACCCUUCUCGUGAGGAUUGCCACAGCCCGUGAGGAGGUGAAGCACCUGAAGGAAUUCGACUAUGUGGUAGUGAACGCUGAUGGCAAGCUCGAGAGCGCAGUCCAACUGGUAGAGUCCAUCAUCAAUGCAGAGAAGGCUAAAGUCCGGCAACGAAGUGUGCGGAUAUAGUGGUGCAGGUGGGCCCUUUUAUAUUUUGGGUCCACUAGGUUCAGCAUGAAAUACAUGAACCAUGUGAAUUGAGUUGUAGAGAUUGGCCUUUUUCUCUGUUGUAAAAUCUCUUUUCAGAUCUUGAUCUUGUAAUUUCCUUGUUUCACCUCUUUUGAAAGGGGAUUGAUUUUGGUUGUAAUGGUGAGACUGUUCUUUUAGGACA